UCAGGGGCUGGGAUAGGACAAAUGGUGCCAGCAGUGUGAACAUUAACCCACGAGGGCUCUCAGCACUCGGCGCGGAGGGCGCCAUGGCCACGGCGAACGACAGGGCCGUCCUGCAUACCAUCUUUAACCCCAGCACCCCUUUUGGGGAUAUCCCUGGGCUGGAUGAGGAGGAGGAGGAAGAUGCCCAGGAUGAAGGGGAAGGCUUCGCGCAGGAACUGCUGGAGCAGGUCCGGGACCUGGAGCUGCAGGGGGUUUCUGCUGCCGAGUCGGGGGACGUGAGCACGGCCCUGGAGAGGUUCAGCGAGGCUAUCCACCUGCUGCCAGAGCGUGCCUCAGGCUACAACAACCGGGCACAGGCCCUGCGGCUGCGGGGGGACGUGGCAGGCGCCCUGCGGGACCUGGAUACAGCCAUCCGCCUGAGCCGGGGCCGCGGCCGUGCCGCCUGCCAGAGCUUCGUGCAGCGUGGCCUGAUCCGCCAGCUGCACGCUCAGGACGAGGACGCCCGGCAGGACUUCGAGCAGGCGGCGCGGCUGGGCAGCACCUUUGCCCGGCGGCAGCUGGUGCUCCUGAACCCCUACUCGGCACUCUGCAACCAGAUGCUCUGUGAGAUGCUGGGGCGGCUGCGCAACCCUGGUGGCACCGGCAGCGAGUGAAAUGGGAGAGGCAAUGCGUGGCUCAGGCGGGCCCGUCCUGGUGGCUGGAGGAGGCCUGUCUCAGGUGCUGGACAUCCCAUUCCUCCUCCUCCCGGGAGACAGGAAGGACAAACGCGCCUUGCUCUGCCUCAGCCCCAAAUAAACUUCCCCGUGUCCCUGGCACUUGGGCUUUGCUCGCA